AUGCUACUCGAUGCCCUAUCACUCCCUUGCACCUUUCCUUUCACUCCUUCCGCCCGCUCAUCCAUGGCCGUGCUUCCCGGAGCUGCCAUUGUUGCUGUUGCGCACCUCUCCCUUCCGAAAGCUGCAGCGCCGUUCGUUUCACGUCAGCGGACACAGCAAUACCAGCUGGAUUUCAGCCAACGAGGGAGGCUGACCCGCCACCAUCUCCGCAAAUCCCGCCCGCUCAUCCUUACCGCACCUCCCGCACCCAUGGCGGACUCACCCCCUGCUGACCGCCACACCACCCUCGACGUUUCCGCCUCCGCCGCUGCUGCGCCUGGCGGCGGCGGAAUCGCGAAUGAUCGGUCGGUUCUAGGGCAGAGACUGCUGGCGCUGGGCAGGGGACGGCUGAGAUUGUUUCUGGACACUGCUGACGUGGCGGAAUGGGAGAAAUGGCUCCCGACGGGCAUCUUCCAUGGAGUCACAACGAAUCCGCUGCUUCUGGAACGGGCAGGGAGGGAGUGCUCUGUGGACGCACUAGCGGAGCUGGCUCACACCGCAUUUGGCUUGGGAGCGCAGGAGAUCCAGCUACAGACAUGGGGAGCCACAGCGGACGAAAUGGUGGAAACGGGAAAACGCCUCGGCAUCAUCGAUCCCCGCGUCGUGAUCAAGAUUCCAGCGACAGUGACAGGCAUUCAGGCAGCACGGCAGCUCAUCUCCACAUGGGGCUUCCGAGUCACACUCACUGCCGUCUAUGCCUCUCACCAGGUGCUGCUAGCGCAGGGAGUGGGGGCGCAGUAUGCAGCACCGUACCUGGGGCGAAUGGACGCGCUGGGUAAAGACGGCAAGGCUGAAAUCAUCGCCAUGCAACAAGCGGUGUCAGCAGCGGGCAGUGCGACGCGGGUGCUGGUGGCGAGUGUGAGGGAACCAGAAGAGGUGUCGUUGCUGGCAGCAGCAGGAGUGGACACAUUCGCCCUGCCCCCGGCCAUAGUGGCCCGCAUGCUGCUCGUCCAGGAGACGGAAACAGCUGCUGCUGAUUUCGAGCGUGCAGCUCUGGCACAAGCACCCAAAGGAAAUUGA